AUGGGGCAGUUGUUGCAACUCUUUAAACAGUUAAACCCCAACAAACCAUCCACUGAAACCAGCACACAUACCCUCCUAAUCUCAGAGAAAUUAACUAAUCAAAAUUACACAAAAUGGUCCAGGCUGAUGCACUUAGCCAUUAGUGGACGGGAUCGUCUCAAUCACAUCAUCGACGAUCCUCCACCCACAAAUGACCCAGCGUACAACCAAUGGGUCAGAAGUGAUUCGAUAGUUAUCUCAUGGAUUCUGGAAAAUAUAGAGCCUGAUCUAGUUAAUCAAUAUCUCGACUUCCCGACAUCCAAAACAUUGUGGCAAGGGAUAGAAACACUGUAUAGCAGUGGGAGAGACGGCCUGCAAAUUUUCGACUUAACAGUCAAAACCAACAAGAUCCAACAAGGGCAAGACACCAUUGAAACAUACUACAUCAAAUUGAUUGUGUUAUGGAAAGAAAUUGACAGAAGACAACCAAAUCCGAUGAAGGAUCCAUGCGACAUAAUUAUUUAUAAUCAAAUAACUCAACAAAACAGAUUGUACCAGUUUUUAGGAGGCGUCAAUGAAACAUACGACAAGGAUAGAAGAGAUCUCCUCCUCUUAGACCCUCUUCCCACGGUGGAGGAGGCCUAUGCAAGUAUCAGAAGGGAGAUCCCGAGACGAGGAAUCAUGAAGACAAACCCCUCAUCUGAUUUGGAGUCACCGGACACCGGAGGAAUUUUUUCAGUCAGAGGGAAAACUUACCGGAGGGAUGAUGAAAGAUCUCACCUGAAGUGCACUUAUUGUGGUGGUACUAGGCAUACAAGGAACGAAUGCUUCAAAAUCGUGGGGUAUCCAGAUUGGUGGCCGGAUUCUAAGAAGAAGGGAGAAAGAAAGCCGGCGCGUUUUUCAGAUCAAAGUCGCAUGGGAAAGGCAGCAGUAGGAUGGCGCCAAGAAAGAUCCAUCACCAUGGAGGAAGGAGAGAAAGCAGGUGAAGCCAUGAACGUUACAGCCACAGAGAACAAGGAAGAAGGUACCAGAAACCCUAGAGGAGGCGCCUCAACAGUGAGAAGAAGAGAAAGGGGUAAAGGAAGGGAAGACCCCCCAUCUCUUUUUAAAGGAAAUGAAACCCUAAAGGAGGGGGGGUCACGUGGCUUUUUUCAAACCCAAGAGUCACGUGGCUCAUCAUCUUCCUCAUCCCAUAUUUUUUCUGUUUUUUCGUCCUCAUUUAAUACUUCGUCUUAUUUUGAUAAGGGUUGGAUAAUCGAUUGUGGUGCCACCGAUACAAUGUCGUAUGACCCGAACAAUUUUUUGACUCGUGACACCCCUAUAAAAACCACUAUUAAAACAGCCAAUGGGGAAGGGAUUAAAGAUGUUCGGACAGGGAAAGUCAUUGGGCGUGGUAUUGAAAAAGGAGGAUUAUACUACUUGGAAGGGGAGACUCAAAAAGGCAAAGCUGUUCUUGCUCGCGGGUCAGAGGAAAGACAACUGUGGACGUGGCAUCGACGUUUAGGGCAUCCAUCAAUAGGGUAUUUAGAAAAACUUUUUCCUCAAUUUAUAGGACUAAAAACUGAUUUCAAAUGUGAAACUUGUAUUCGUGCAAAGAGUCAUAAACACUCAUACUCUACUAGUUUGAAUAGAACUGAUUUACCUUUUAUGCUGAUUCAUUCUGAUGUGUGGGGUCCUGCACCCGUCAUAGGGUUACAUGGUUUUUCCUAUUUUGUCAAAUUUAUUGAUGAUUGCACCCGGAUGAGUUGGAUUUACUUCCUCAAACACAAAUCGGAAGUAUUUCAUGUGUUUGUUGAAUUUUAUAAUAUGAUAUGCACUCAAUUUCAAACUCAACCCCGCAUGUUUAGAACAGAUAAUGGUGGAGAAUAUGUUAAUUCAAACAUGCAACAGUUCUUUAAACAGAAAGGGCUUAUACACCAGACCACUUGUCCCAAUACACCUCAGCAAAAUGGAGUGGCCGAACGGAAAAAUCGCACACUUCUUGAAAUGACUCGUGCGCUUAUUCUUGAUUCUCAUGCUCCGACUUAUCUUUGGCCUGAAGCCAUCGCCAUUGCUAACUACCUUACCAAUAGACUUCCCUCAAAGAGCCUUCAAUACCACACACCUCUAGCCACCCUCCAAACCUAUUUCUCUUUACCUUCCUCACAUACCCUACAUCCUCGUGUUUUUGGGUGCAUAGUUUUUGUUCACUAUCCAGCGAGAGUAAGAAACAAAUUUGAACCGAGAGCAGUCAAAUGUAUCCUUAUUGGGUAUGGGAGGAAUCAGAAAGGUUAUCGGUGUUAUGACCCCCUGACUAGAAAGAUCUAUACCACCAUGGAUUGCGAGUUCAUUGAGAACGAAUAUUACUACCACCCUCUUCGAUGUUAG